CGUUUAUUCUCAAGUGGAUAAACGUAACUGGCAGGAUGCGCCUUCUUAAUGUUGCAGUUGUUGUAGUCUUGGUCUUCCUUGGCUCCGUCCUUGGUGGCCAUGGUGGUGGUGGUCAUGGAGGUGGAGGCCACGGUGGUGGUCAUGGAGGCGGCGGCCAUGGAGGAGGUCAUGGUGGUGGUCACGGAGGUGGUCAUGGAGGUGGUCACGGAGGUGGCAAAGGACACGGAGGAGGUGGCCACGGAGGUGGCAAAGGACACGGAGGAGGCGGCCAUGGAGGUGGCGGCCACGGUGGCGGCAAAGGAGGUCAUGGCGGAGGACACGGAGGUGGCGGCCAUGGAGGAGGUCAUGGAGGAGGUCACGGUGGAGGUCAUGGAGGAGGCCACGGUGGCGGUCACGGAGGUGGCCAUGGAGGUGGUGGUCAUGGAGGCGGACACCACGGUUAAACAUUCAAGUAUCAUCAUAUUCACAUCAAAUGCUGGACAUUUGAUAUCAAAUUUUGUCGAUUCCACUCGCCAUGCUGCAUCGACCAAAGCUGUAUAUUCCUCAACGAGCACAAAUAAAACUGCCAUGUAUAUUGUAAUUUUCUCUUGGCUUAUAUUUCCUUCAAUGAUUGUCACAUUAGAAUCAUUGUCCACAAAGGUCCUGAAGCUCGAAGGCAGAUGA